UCCCAGAGCUCGGCGGUUACGUGCGGCGCCUGCGGGUCACGUGCGCUGCGUGGAAUGGCGCUGAUUGCCCGGUUGAGCUCGGUGUUGGCCGUGGCCGCGUGUCGAAGGUGACCGCGGACCAGGCUGGAGCUGCGGGCUAUCCGGGAGCACAACACGGAGUGUAGUGAAGCGGACGGUGGGAGCAUUUUGAGAUAAGGUCUUGCUGCACAUUGCUGAGGAGUUGUGAAUGGAAUUGAAUAUAAUGCAAUAAUCUGCAACCAACCCCUUUUCUGACCUUGUGAUGAAAGGAAGGUCAUUGAUGAAACAACUAUAAGACGUGCCUUGAGGAAUUCCUGCAGCAUUUCCUGGGGCUGAUAUGAUUGACCUCCAACAACAACAAACAUUUUCCUUAGUAUGAGCAGCCAGCACACCAUGUGGAUCCAUUUAUGGACAGCCAAGAAUUUGUAGGUCCACUCCUGUCAAAGGAUCAGCUUAACCUUUCUAGAGAAAGCUGUUCUGCCAACAAGACGGAUUCGUAUCAAUCUACUGAUACUGCAACAAGCAUGUUAAGUGACAAAGAUCCACUGCUGCCAUCAUCCAGUGCACCAUUCCGAUUGGAGCUGCAGGCAGAUGGUAGUGAGCAGUGUGAGAUGAACACAACAGCAGCCUUAAGUUUGGGUGCUGUAGGAGAUGUUAUCACUUCAGUUGAAGAUGAUGAACAUAGAGUGUCUGAUCUUCAGGAACCUUCACAGAAUAGCAGCAAUUCUGAACCCAAUCCAGUUCAAACAAACAGGAAGUCCCCUCGUCUCCAUACACCAGUGGCCAUAGAGGAGAGUAAGGAGGAUGAAAACAAAGAUCAGUCUCCAAAAAUUAUCCACCCAACCAGUAAAGAAUUUAAAAAGACAUGGGGAUUCCGACAAACAACAAUUGCAAAGCGAGAAAAUGCUGUAGAUGCGGAGAACUCUGACACUGCUCUAAGUGAGAACUCUGACCAGUUAACCCCUUCACUCCGAAGGAGUAGGCGACAGACUCAGCGAUCUGCUCGAGUUCAAGAAUUUAUUUCAGCAGCUCAAAAGCGUUAUCGCCGAAUGACAGACCUUGAAGGCAAUGAAUUUAGCUCCGUUGCAACUUCUGAGGCAGGAACAGGUUCUGAUGGUAGCACCGAAGUUGAAGAAAAAGGCAUUGGAUCACUAGAGCUGGGUUCUGGUAAUCCUGAAGUAAUGAAUGAAGUGACCAACUCUGAUGAAGACAACAGCACCAAUAGUGACAGUGAUGAACUUACACUAAAGGAGCUCCAGAAUCAGUUGAGAAAGCGGCGUGGUCAGGAACAGUCUGAUUCACCACAGAGUACACAGAAAGUGCAGGAAAAGAGUACAGAAGAAACUAAAGUCAAUAAAGAACCAAAAUCACUUGGCACUAUCAAAACUAAGAAGCAAAUAGUUAUCCCUGCAAAGAAAGGUGCUAAAAGCGGCACUAUUCUAAAGGAAAAAGAAUCCACAUCACAAUCUGGGGUUAAAUCAGAGACUGAAGAUGAUGAAAGCUCCAUAACCCAAUCAGAUAAUGGCUAUAAUGACCCUGAUAAACUGUAUUGUAUAUGUCGUCAACCACACAGCAAUAGGUUUAUGAUCUGCUGUGAUCGUUGUGAAGAAUGGUUCCAUGGUGACUGUGUGGGAAUUACAAUGGCAAGAGGACGCUUACUAGAACGCAAUGGAGAGGACUAUAUCUGCCCUGAUUGUAGUCCUUCUCCAACCAAAGGUUUGGGUACCACAGAAAUGAAGCCUGGCCAACAGGAAAGUAAACCAGUCCUUACUGGCACUGAUGAGCUGAGUGCCACCGCUGGAAAACGAGAUGGAAGCACUCCCACUGACCAGGGAAUAAAGGGCAGGAUUGAGAAAGCGGCUAAUCCAAGUGGCAAGAAGAAAAUUAAAAUAUUUAAGCCGGCAGUGGAGAUUGCAGCAGUACCAAAAUGUAUUGGGCCGGGGUGUGCCAACCUCGCCUCUACUGACUCUGUGUACUGUAGCAAUGACUGCAUCCUCAAACAUGCUGCAGCCACCAUGAAAUCACUCAGCCAAGCCAAGGGUCAGAAACAAAAACCGAAAGAGAAGGGAAAAUCAAAGCCAGAGAAGCUAACUUCAUCCAAAUCCUCUGCAGAGGCGAGUUUGAAACCUCCAACAGCUGUUCCUCACAAAAGUGAAGAAUCAAAUGCAAUGGAAAUGACGACCAGGAAAUUGGUAGUAUUAGUCCAUAAGAGCCCCAUGCCACCACUAAAGGAAACUGUAUCGAGCACUGUUGCAGGGACAUGGACGAUUGAUCAUAAUUACAACGCUGUUAAACCAGAAAAGAAUGUGAUACCAACUUCCGUUUUUUACGAAUCGUUUCAACGAGAGGGUGCAGCUGACACCAAGAGAUCUGAUUCUGCAUCUGUGGAUGAACAGUCCAAUACAAGUAUGCAAGCUACGUCCUCAAAGCCAUCAGUUGCAGCACCAAAACAGCCAGUCAAUACUGUGGAACAUCGUGUUGUAGCUAAACGACCUAUUCCUGCAACUCAACAACUUGCUGCUUCUAAACAUAAGACUUUGUCCAAACAGAAAACUUUAUCUAAGCUGCAAGCUUCAUCUAAGUAUCCAAUUUCAUCUAAGCAGCAGUCUUCAUCUAAAGGCAGUGCUGGAUCUGAAUACCGAAUACCAUCAAAGCAUUCUGCUCCCACAGCCAAACAGUCUGUGCAUCCAAGUGAGCAGUCGCUAGCAAAAAAAUCAGGGGAUAAACAGCCUUCAGCCCCUGCUGUAAAAAAUGCCAGUCAGUUAUCCAACUCCCAAAUCCGCCACAACAUUCGCCGGUCACUAAAGGAGAUCCUUUGUAAAAGGGUGAAUGAUUGUGACGAUCUUGACGUAACUGAAGACACAAUAGGAAAGAUAGCUGUGAAUGUUGAAAAAGAGCUUUUCACCCUGUUUCAAGAUACUCACAGCAAGUACAAGAGCAGAUACCGGAGUAUCAUGUUCAAUUUAAAGAACCCCAGGAACCAGGGGCUCUUUCGGCGUGUUGUACGAGAAGAGAUUGUUCCCUUCCAUUUGGUACGUAUGAGUCCUGAAGAAAUAGAAUCGAAGGAACUGGCAGUUUGGGGAGAACGAGAAAGCAGAUCUGCACAGGAACAAAGUGAGAGAUUGCAACGUGAAACCAAAGGAACAGCCUCCCGGACAGCGAACACACAUGAAGUAGAUAUGGAGGAGGCACCACCCAUGUCUGAUGCUGAUGAGCAGGAAGAUGCACAUCCUGCUCAGAAGACCAACCUUCCACUACCUGACAUCUUCAGCAGCAUGCUUAAAGAUACUACAAAUGAACAUCGAGCUCACCUGUUUGAUCUGAACUGCCGAAUCUGUACAGGUAAAGUUCAAGUCUCAGACGAUGAGCCAGUGCCUAAGAAGCCAAAAGUGAUGGCCAGAAAACCAGAACCAAAACCAAAACCAAGAGCCAACGUGAGGCACCAGCAAGAACAAGACCAAGGAACAGUGACUGCUUCACCAUCGAGCGAGCAGCCUGCUUCAACUGAAGAAGUGACCCCGCUUUCCAAUGCAUUAGAAGACUUGCCAAAUACCAAUGUAGUUACUACACAGCCCACUUCAAAAUCUAUCAGCAGUUCCUUCACUUCAGUCAAUGAUCCAACUAGAGCUGCUGAGGCCAACACAACGUCCAUCAUUGCAGCUUCCAGUCUUAAUGCUCCUAGUGUCCCAAAGACCGUAUCAUCUUCAUCUUCAACUACUACCACAAUUUCUGGGACAGUCAGAACUUCUGGUGUUAAAAAAGAGGAAGAGGAUCUACCAAAAUCCAUUUUGACAUCUGCAGCUCCAAAAUCUAUACUCUCAAAACCAUCUGCAACACCUGAGCAAAACUACACAGUAUCAACAGUAAGGGUUUCAGAGCAAAAGACUCAACUGGAAUUGGAUACUUCAUUGUUUCUCUCUCACCUGGAUGCAAUUUGGAAAGGAUUCAUCAAUAUGCAUGGUGUUGCAAAGUUUGUUACUAAAGCUUAUCCAGUCUCUGGAUCUAUUGACUACCUUGUAGAGGAUUUGCCUGACACAAUUCACAUUGGUGGCAGGAUUUCACCUCAUACGGUUUGGGAUUAUGUAGGAAAACUGAAGUCAUCGCUCUCCAAGGAAGUCUGUCUCAUUCGUUUUCACCCAGCCACUGAGGAAGAGGAGGUCACCUACAUCUCGUUGUAUUCCUACUUCAACAGUCGGGGGCGCUUUGGCGUGGUGGCAAAUAACGCCAGACACAUCAAGGACCUCUAUCUAAUUCCGCUUGCUGCUAAUGACCCGAUUCCCUCCAAAUUAUUACCUUUUGAGGGCCCAGGGUUGGAGAAGAACCGCCCCAAUCUCAUCCUGGGGCUAGUCAUCCGGCAGAAAGGCAAGCGGCGGCAGCAGGACCCGGAGCCCGCCGGCGUCCCCGAGCCCGAGAAGACAGAAGCCAGCACGUCGGAGGAGAAGAGAAGUCGGCUGGCCGCGCCCGAGGAGAUGGAGGUGCAGCGUUACACCGCCCCGGUGACCAGAGAGACCAAGCCCGCCAAAGGCCAUGCGUUGCACGGAGAGCCGGCCACGUCGCCCCCUCCCUCGGUCUCUCCGCCCGCCGAGCUCCGUGGGGAUUCGGUCCCACCACCGCCCAAGGGCAACGUGAGCGGCGCUGCCCCGGGGCAGCCGGCGGCCGGCGCCAAGGUGGCGAACCCUCUCCAACACAUCCUGCAGACGCUCUUCGGCGGCAAGAAGACCUUCGACAAAGCCAAGGACUCUCCCGAGUCUGCGGGCUCCACGCCGGAGCCAGAAGCGGGCUCCUCCUCCUCCGCCCCUCUCAUGGACCCCAUUGUCCAGCAGUUUGGGCUCCUGAAAGAGGACAAGGUGGGUCCCGACGUGGAGGACGAUGACAACCGCCCGUACGACCCGGAGGAAGAGUACAAGCCGGAGGCGGAGAAGGUGUACGACCUGGAGGAUGCCUACGACCCGGCCGAUGAGACCAUCCUGGAGGAAGCGAUGGUCCCAGUGGGCACGGACAGCAAGAACAACGGGCCGGCCGACCUGUACCUGCCCUCGCUCUCAGCCACCCCGUCGCUCCAGGAGCAGCAGCAGAUGCUGGACACCCUCAACAAGCAGAUCGAAGAGCAGACGCGGCAGGUCGAAGAGCAGGAGGAAGCGCUGAGGCAGCAGCGAGCGGCCGUCGGCGUCUCCAUGGCUUGUUUCUCCGUCUCGGACGCCUUGAUGUCCCCGCCGCCCAAAUCCUCGUCUUACAAGCCCGACUUCGAGGUGCCGGAGGGGACCGCGGGGCAGGUGGCUGGUGCCGACCCCCCUGCCCCCUCGGGGCCGUCGCAAGUGAUUGACCAGCGCCGGGACCCCCGCCAGGCAGCCGUCAGGAGGGUGACCCCCACCCAGCCGCCGGGCGUCCGAACCCAGGCACCUGGAGAAGGGGCGACCAUCCCGGCUGAGCUGCCCACCUACAGCAGCCCCCGGCUGCAGGAGGCGGCGCCGACCGAAGGGGCUGGUGUGCCGCCGGAGACCGCGGCGCCCACCCCCCAGGCCGAAGGGGGUGUCCCGGCCCCCGCUGGAAGCUCCGCCGAGCUGGUGCAGCCUCCCGUCUCCCUGGAAGCUAUGCCGGCGCCCGGCUGCCCUCCUCAGCCUCUGCCCCUGAUGGACCAGGCGCAGGGGGUCCAACCCCAGCCGAAAGGCCUCCUCCCCACCCCCGCACUCCCGCCCCUCUUGGGAUCCUCCUUUGCCGGCGACCGCUGCUUCCCCUCGCCUCCCCGCGGCUCCCAGAACUUCGGAAACCCGCAGGAGAACUUCCACCCUUCCAACGUGCCACAGGCGAUGGGACCUUUCCCAAACUUCCAGCAUCCCAACAACGGCCAACCCUUCGACCGGGAGCCGCGGCCCCCGUUCCACCACCCCAAGCCCCCGACCCUCUUCCCCAGAGGAGCUCCUGCGCCCCGGUACCGCUUCCAAGGACAGCCCCUCCCAGGGUAUGGCAACCAGCCACCCCACCCUAUGGGCAACCACUCCCCGUCCCCUCACGACUUGGCCCCGGGUCAGCUGCCCGGUUCUGCUCUCGGCUCUGAACCCGAGGGCCAGAGAUCAGGGGCGUUGCAACCUCUUCAGUCCGAGGCCCGGGACCGAGAGCGACCGAGGGUUCAGCCCGGCCGCCAGCGGGACCGGCAGGAAGGCGGCCCGCACGACCGGUACGGGUCGGACCGAGCAGAAAGCCGCUACUCGGCCGAUCGGUUCCGCAGAGGAGCGGACGACAGGCGGAGAGACAGAGAGCGAGAUUACGGGCGGCCGUGGGAGCGAGACCGCGACAGAGAGCGGUCCUGGAACCGGGACAGAGACUGGGACAGGAGCCGCGAUCGGGACAGGAGCAAGAACAGGGAGCGCGAUCAGGACAGAGACCGCGACCGCUACCGGAGGAGGGAGCGGGACAAGGGCAGAGAGAGAGAGCGGAGCAGAGACAGAGAGCGAGACAAGGAGAAGGAGCGAGGCAGAGAGCGAGAGCACGACCGUGGGAAGGAGGGCAAGGGCAAGGAGCGGGAGGGCAGAGCCGAAGCCGAGGAGGGUAAAAAAGCGCCGAGCGACGCCGCCGCUCCCAACAGCAAGCCCGAGUCGUGAAGAGGGCUCGGCUACUUCAGCAACUGCCCUCCAGAUCCAGGGGGGGAGACUGACAGCGACUGACACUGGGUUUGUAAAGCACCGUCACCCGUCGGUGAGGGAACUUGGACUGGUUAUUGGAGCAACUGGUGACGGCCGAGGGGGUGAAGCCCCAACAACGUGCACAACUCAGGGCCCAGAGACUGCCAGCUCUGCCGCCGCUUACUGCAGCCCUUGGCACCUUUGAUAUUUUUACAUUUUUUUUUAUCAGACCAUGGUUCUAUAUUUUAAACAGUCCCAGGCUGAUUCAAUCCUGAUAUUUUUGAGAACAGUUGUGAUAUUCACAGUGAAAGUUCGCUGGAUGCAGAUACGUUUCACUCAAAAACUGCCAUCGAAAUGUUUUAAUGUUCUGGCACCUCCUCCGCCGGAACGUUUGACCAUUUACUUCUGCAUUUAAGUGUAUCUACCCGGGGUUGGGUUCAUGAAUUGUAACCCCAGGGAAGGAACGGUGUAUUGCCCUUCCAGGGGGGCUAUCUGCGGCCGAGUGGUGCCGCUGAAAGGGAGGGAGGGAGGGGACACUCGGUGGACCCCAGAGUGGUUCCAGUGGGAAACCCGGCCCCAUCUCCACUCCAUGUCCGUCUGUAGUCAACUUGCGGCUCUCCGUGCUCAGCACCAGAUUUCAAGGGUUUUUUUUAAAUGACGGUGGUGCAGGGGAGAGGGUGAAGGCGAACACAUUCCGGCGCCGAACCAGAAUGAAAUGUUCACGCCGUUUGAUAUUGGUGUUAAUUGUGGUGGUUACUGGUGUGACUCCGGCCGGUGUCCGUGUGUUGGAGUGAGGUGGGACUGUGAACGCACCUCCCCACACUUGACCUCGCGGACAACCCGCUGGAGAUGUUCUGUCCGAUCAUUAAAUUUUCAGGAAUUC